UGCGCCGCGGAAGCCUGGGGGGUGUGGGGCCAUGGCGGCCCAGUGGACCCGGAGAAGGGGCCUCCUCCCUCUUCUCUGCCGUGCCUUCACUGGCCGCGGCCGUCGGCUCGCCCCGGAGCGCCGUGCCGAGCGCAGGAAUGCGGCGCCGACCCCGAUUUCAAGAUUCUGCCCUCCGAAGAAAUCUUGCCAUGAUUGGAUAGGACCCCCAGAUAGAUAUUCCAACCUUCGCCCUGUUCACUUUUACAUCCCUGAAAAUGAAUCACCAUUGGAACAAAAGCUUAGAGAAUUAAGACAGGAAACACAAGAAUGGAAUCAACAGUUCUGGGCAAACCAGAAUUUGACUUUUAGAAAGGAAAAAGAAGAAUUUAUUCACUCAAGACUAAAAGCUAAAGGCCAGGGUCUGAGAACAGAAUCAGGUCCAAAAACAACACUGAGUGCAGAAGAAAUGGCUGACUUUUAUAAGGAAUUUUUAAGUAAAAAUUUUCAGAAGCACAUGUAUUAUAACAGAAUGUAUGACAACAUGUCCACAAUGGUGUAUAUAAAGGAAGACAAGUUGGAGAAGCUUACACAGGAUGAGAUUAUUUCUAAGACAAAGCAAGUAAUUCAGGGGCUAGAAGCUCUGAAGAAUGAGCACAAUUCCAUUUUACAGAGUUUACUGGAGACAUUGAAGUGUUUAAAGAAAGAUGAUGAAAGUAACUUGGUGGAAGAGAAAUCAAACAUGAUCCGGAAGUCACUGGAGAUGUUAGAGCUUGGCUUGAGUGAGGCACAGGUUAUGAUGGCUUUGUCAAACCACCUGAAUGCCGUGGAGUCAGAGAAACAGAAAUUGCGUGCGCAGGUUCGUCGUCUGUGCCAGGAGAAUCAGUGGCUGCGGGAUGAACUGGCCAAUACGCAGCAGAAACUACAGAAGAGUGAGCAGUCUGUGGCUCAACUGGAGGAAGAAAAGAAGCACCUGGAAUUUAUGAAUCAGCUAAAAAAAUAUGAUGAUGACAUUUCCCCAUCCGAGGACAAAGAUAACGAUUCUGCCAAAGAGCCUCUGGACGACCUUUUCCCCAAUGAUGAAGAUGAUCCAGGGCAAGGAAUCCAGCAGCAGCACAGCAGUGCAGCUGCAGCUGCCCAGCAGGGGGGCUAUGAGAUCCCUGCACGGCUGCGCACGCUCCACAACCUGGUGAUCCAGUAUGCCUCACAGGGGCGCUACGAGGUGGCCGUGCCCCUCUGCAAGCAGGCGCUGGAGGACCUGGAGAAGACUUCGGGACAUGACCACCCGGACGUGGCCACCAUGCUCAACAUCCUGGCCUUGGUCUAUAGGGAUCAGAAUAAAUACAAAGAUGCAGCUAAUCUACUGAAUGAUGCCUUGGCUAUUCGUGAAAAAACUUUGGGCAAAGAUCACCCCGCGGUGGCGGCAACUUUGAAUAACCUUGCAGUUCUUUAUGGUAAAAGAGGGAAGUAUAAAGAAGCUGAACCAUUGUGUAAGAGAGCCCUGGAGAUCAGAGAAAAGGUUUUGGGAAAGGAUCACCCCGAUGUUGCUAAGCAGUUAAAUAACUUGGCUUUACUGUGCCAGAACCAGGGCAAGUAUGAAGAAGUAGAAUAUUAUUAUCAAAGAGCCCUUGAGAUCUACCAGACCAAAUUGGGACCCGAUGACCCCAAUGUAGCCAAGACAAAAAAUAACCUGGCAUCCUGCUAUCUGAAACAAGGAAAGUUCAAGCAAGCAGAAACACUGUACAAAGAAAUUCUCACUCGUGCACAUGAAAGGGAGUUUGGUUCUGUAGAUGAUGAAAAUAAACCCAUUUGGAUGCAUGCUGAAGAAAGAGAAGAAUGCAAAGGAAAGCAAAAGGACGGGACAACGUUUGGCGAGUAUGGCGGCUGGUACAAAGCCUGCAAAGUUGAUAGUCCAACUGUUACAACUACCUUAAAAAACCUUGGGGCACUUUAUAGACGUCAAGGCAAAUUUGAAGCUGCAGAAACAUUAGAAGAAGCUGCCAUGAGGUCACGUAAACAGGGUCUUGACAAUGUUCACAAACAGAGAGUGGCCGAAGUGCUCAAUGACCCUGAGAACAUGGAGAAGCGCCGAAGCCGUGAGAGCCUCAACAUGGACGUGGUCAAGUACGAGAGUGGCCCUGACGGAGGCGAGGAAGUGAGUAUGAGCGUAGAGUGGAACGGGGAUGGCACUGGAUCUUUAAAGCGCAGUGGUUCCUUUAGCAAACUCCGGGCUUCCAUUAGACGCAGCAGUGAGAAGCUGGUUAGGAAGCUGAAGGGAGGAAGUUCACGAGAGAGUGAGCCAAGGAACCCUGGCAUGAAGCGCGCCAGCUCUCUGAAUGUUCUUAACGAGGGUGGCAAAGCCGCUGAAGACCGUGUCCAAGGCGCCCCCAGCAGAGCCUCUCUUUGUGGAGAACGACAGCGGCAGCAGCGGCCUGGAAGACGCCCCCGCUAACUGACCCCGGCCCAGCCCUGCUCCAGGAUGAGGCCAAGUGUGGCGCGGAGCCAGCCCUGGGACCACCAGGGUGGCAGGGAGGGCCCCCUGGCCAGGAGCCUGGCACUAAUUCUGUUCUUGUCUGUGUGUGUGGGGCACGAUACUAAUAACCACAUUGCUGGCAGGGCCUUGGGUGAGGCUUGGCUUGGUGUUUGCCCUGGUGCAGGCCCGCCCCUCCCAGGAGACCCCCAAGUGAUCCUUGCACCCACUGGGGCUCUGAGCCUCACUUCUCACGUUACUUUACCAUAUUGUGUGAUAUGUAUUUUAUUGUAAAUUUUUUAAAUUAAAAGUUUAUAUGCCUUA